AUGUUCUCCCGCGCCGCCAAGGCCCUCAGCGCUCGCCCGCACCCGCCUCCACCAACAACGAUGACCUCCACAGGCGACGCGUCCACGUCGACCGGAAACGGCGCGCAGGAUGCGUCGUCGACCGCCUCGCUGUCGAACCUCUCGCUGCACACGCCCUGCGCGCGCCAGGCGCGCCGGUACGGCCACCCCGCACACCCGGUCCGUCCCGACGACGUCGACGUGGUGAUUCCGACCAUCCGUCACCUGGGGCAGUUCCUCGAGCUCUGGCGCCCGAUUCUGACGCCGUACCACCUCAUCAUCGUCCAGGACGGCGAGGCCACGGAGGACGUCGGCGUGCCGGACGGGUUCCACUACGACCUGUACACGCGCCGCGACAUCGAGCGCAUCCUCGGCCCGCGGGCCUCAUGCAUUUCGUACAAGGACUCUGGGUGCCGGUGCUUCGGAUAUCUCAUGAGCCGCCGGCCCUAUAUUGUCACGCUGGACGAUGACUGCUACCCCGCUCCGGCGCCGGCGGGGUCGGACAGCGACGUGGUCGACGUCGUGCAGGAGCACCUGCGCAACCUUACCACCCGGUCAACGCCCUUCUACUUCAACACUCUGUAUGACCCGUUCGCGGACAGCACGGACUUCGUUCGCGGGUACCCGUUCUCGCUGCGCGAGGGGGUGCCCACGGUGGUGUCUCACGGCCUGUGGCUCAACGUCCCCGACUACGACGCCCCCACGCAGCUCGUCAAGCCCCUGGAGCGCAACUUCAACCACGCGGCCUCCGUGGUGUGCACAAUCCCGCACGGGACGCUCUUCCCCAUGUGUGGCAUGAACCUCGCGUUCGACCGCCGCCGCAUCGGCGCGUGCAUGUACUUCGGCCUCAUGGGCGAGGGCCAGCCGCUGUCCCGCUACGACGACAUGUGGGCCGGGUGGUGCUCCAAGGUCGUCUGCGACGAGCUCGGCUACGGCGCGAAGAGCGGCGCGCCGUACGUCUUCCACAGCAAGGCCAGCGACCCCUUCGCGAACCUCAAGAAGGAGUUCAACGGCUUGUUCUGGCAGGAAGACAUGGUUCGGUUCUUCCGCGACGUGAAGCUGUCGGACAAGGCCGCGACGCCCGAGGAGCUGUAUCUCGAGCUGGCCGACGCGGUCGAGCAGCGCCUGGGCGACGUCAACGCGUACUUCGUCGCGCUUGCCAAGGGCAUGCGGGACUGGGUGGCGUGUUGGCGUAUGAUGCAAGACACCCCCGUGGCGCCGAGGGGGUCGAAACACAGCGCCCCGCGCGCCUAG